UGUCACUUUUCCUUAGUAACAAGUGUUAACACUGCAAAUUCAAGCAGCUGAAAAUGUAGAGUUAAUUGUCUGGCUGUGUGGGUUGUUUUUUCUCUGUCUUGUAGCUGACGCUCUCAGAUAAGUAUGCUUUGUAUCCAUGCAAGUGUUUGGCAAGUAGUUCAAUUCCUUCUUGAUGGGGGACUUUCUCUCUCCCACUAAAUGUGUCUCGUUGCCUCUCUCUCCCCCCCUGUCCUUGCUGGCAGCAGCUCUAAUACUGUUGGCAAGAGUGACCAGAAUAAAAACAGCAACAACAGACAGGGAAGAGGGGAAAAGCAAAGCAAUCCAUUGAAACAGAGCUUUUGCCGUGUUUUAAUCCCAUAUCUCUCUCCUUUUAAAAAAAAAAAAAAAAAAAAGGGUUUUCCCUCAUCUAUCUUCAAGACGACGUGCUCUUGUUAAUUAGGUAGCAGAGAAUAAAACCAGCUCAUCUGGAGAGAGGUGGUGCAUUUGGGAGCGAGAUGGCUAACGGGAAGGUUCGGCUGCUCCUUCAUGGACUCUUCCUCGUAGCAGUGAUUCAGCCCACUCUGCAAGGAGGCGUGUAUGUACCACCUGGUGCUGGGAUAGGCAGCGGACCAGGAACUGGAUUCUAUCCAGGAGGUUAUGGAGGUGGAGGGCAAGGAGGCGUCCCUGGAGGUCUGGUCCCUGGAGGUGUCGGCCAGACUGGCUUUGGUCUUGGAGGACUCGGAACAGGACAAGGUGGGAAAGGCCCUAAACCAGGUUAUGGUAAUCUAGGCGCUGGCGGUCGUGGAGGUGGUGGUUAUGGGACUGGAGUCCUAGGUGGUGGUGAUUAUGGAGGAUAUGGUGCAGUCUCAGGUGGAAUCUUUCCAGGAGCUGGACAGAAGGCUGGUAAAAGAGGUGCUGGAGGCCCACUGCUACCAUUUGGAGGGGCAGGAACUGGAACUGGAACUGGAACUCUGCCUGGUGGAGGCCCUGUUAUUCCUCAGACAGGCCUUCCGGGAGGGGCUGGUGCUGGAUUAGGGAAGAAAGCUUCCAAAGUACCAGGUGUGGGUGUACCUGGGCUUUAUCAAGGUGGACUGGUACCUGGAAAUGGCUUUGGUAGUCGUGGAGUUCUACCAGGAGUUGCUACUGGCACCGGCCUCAGUCAAAAAUCACUUGGAGGAGGAGGACAGGGUGGUGCAGGAGCAGGCUAUGGUGGACAGAUGCAGCCUGGAGUGUUCCAUGGAUAUCCACUCAAAUCACCAAAGACACAAGGUGGCUACGGAGCAAAACCUGGAGGUGGCAAACUUCCCUUUGGCUAUGGGGGCUUUGGUAAUCAAGGGGCUGGGCUCCCAGGAGGUAAAGGUGGCGCUGGAUCAAAGCCUGGGUAUCCUUUUGGAACUGGAGUGGGCGCCGGGGGCAUCUCACCUGGACAGGCUAAAUCGGCCAAAUAUGGUUUGGGUGGUGCCGGUGGUUUUGGAGCUGUCGCUGGUGGUGCUGGUGCUUAUGGUGGCGCAGGUGGACUAUAUCCAGGGCAGAUACCAGCUGGCUAUGGACCUGGAGCCAAAGCUGCCAAAUAUGGAGGUGUACCAGGUGGUGUACCAGGUGGUGUACCAGGUGGUGUACCAGGUGGUGUACCAGGUGGUGUACCAGGUGGUGUACCAGGAGGCGUACCAGGUGGCGUACCAGGUGGCGUACCAGGGUUUGGUGGAUAUCAGCCAUCAGCCAAAGCCGCUAAAUACGGUGGUGUGCCUGGUGGUGUAGCAGGUGGCAUACCAGGUGGUGUGCCUGGUGGUGUUCCAGGUGGCGUACCAGGUGGCGUACCAGGGGGUGUACCAGGUGGUGUACCAGGUGGUGUACCAGGAGGCGUACCAGGUGGCGUACCAGGUGGCGUACCAGGGUUUGGUGGAUAUCAGCCAUCAGCCAAAGCCGCUAAAUACGGUGGUGUGCCUGGUGGUGUAGCAGGUGGCAUACCAGGUGGUGUGCCUGGUGGUGUUCCAGGUGGUGUACCAGGUGGCGUACCAGGGGGUGUACCUGGGGGUGUACCAGGAGCUGGUGGAUAUCUACCAUCAGCCAAAGCAGCUAAAUAUGGUGGCGUACCUGGUGGCGUGGCAGGUGGUGUACCCGGUGGCGUACCCGGUGGCGUACCAGGUCUUGGUGGAUAUCAGCCAUCAGCCAAAGCAGCUAAAUAUGGUGGUGUUCCAGGUGGCGUACCAGGUGGCGUACCAGGGGGCGUACCAGGGGGCGUACCAGGGGGCGUACCAGGGGGUGUACCAGGAGCUGGUGGAUAUCUACCGUUAGCCAAAGCAGCUAAACACGAUGGUGUACUUGGUGGCGUACCUGGUGGCGUACCCGGUGGCGUACCCGGUGGCGUACCUGGUGGCGUACCCGGUGGCAUACCCGGUGGCAUACCCGGUGGCGUACCAGGGUUUGGUGGCUAUCAGCCAUCAGCCAAAGCAGCUAAAUAUGGUGGCGUACCAGGUGGCGUACCAGGUGGCAUACCAGGUGGUGUACCAGGCGGCGUUCCAGGUGGCGUUCCAGGUGGAGUACCAGGUGGAGUACCAGGUGGUUUACCAGGGGGUGUGCCUGGUGGUCUACCAUCAGCCAAAGCAGCUAAAUAUGGUGGGGUACCAGGUGGUGUACCAGGGAGUGUGCCCGGUGGUGUUCCCGGUGGUGUACCAGGGGGUGUGCCAGGUGGUGUAUCAGGGCUCGGUGGUUAUUCGCCAGCAGCCAAAGCAGCUAAAUAUGGUGGAGUUCCUGGUGGUGUGCCAGGUGGUCUACCAAGUGGUGUGCCAGGUGGUGUACCAGGUGGUGUGCCCAGUGGUGUACCAGGGUUUGGUGGCUAUUCACCAGCAGCCAAAGCAGCUAAAUAUGGUGGUGUACCAGGUGGUGUGCCAGGUGGUGUGCCAGGCGGUGUGCCAGGCGGCGUGCCAGGUGGUGUACCCGGUGGUUUCCCAGGCUUUGGUGGUUUUUCACCAGCAGCCAAAGCAGCUAAAUAUGGUAGCCUUCCCGGUGGUGUUCUCGGAGGCGUUCCCGGUGGUGUUCCCGGUGGUGUGCUGGGUGGUGUUCCCGGCGGUGUGCCAGGUGCUGUUGCUGCUGGUGUGCCAGGAUUUGGUGGUUAUUCACCAGCAGCCAAAGCAGCUAAAUAUGGUGGCGUACCAGGUGGCGUACCUGGUGGAGUACCGGGUGGCGUACCUGGUGGCAUACCAGGUGGUGUACCUGGUGGCAUACCAGGUGGCAUACCAGGUGGCAUACCUGGUGGUGUACCUGGCGGUGUACCUGGCGGCGUACCUGGGGGUGUACCAGGCGGUGGAUAUCUACCAUCAGCCAAAGCAGCUAAAUAUGGAGGCGUACCAGGAGGUGUACCAGGAGGAGUGCCCGGUGGUGUACCAGGUGGUGUUCCAGGAGGGGCACCAUUUGCAGUACCAGGAGGAUAUCCAAGACCAGGGACUGGUACAUAUUCUCCAGCAGCCAAAGCAGCAAAAUAUGGAGGAGCAGGAGCAGGGUUAGGGGCAGGAGGACUGGGAGGAACAGGAGUAGGAGGAGGAGCUGGUUUGGUACCAGGAGGAGCUGUCGGUGGACAGUACCCUGCUGCUGCUGCAAAAGCUGCUAAAUAUGGAGGAGCAGGAGCAGGGUUUGGAACAGGAGGGCUGGGAGGAACAGGAGUAGGAGGAGGAGCUGGUUUGGUACCAGGAGGAGUUGGAGGUGGACAGUACCCUGCUGGGGCUGCUGCUGCAAAAGCUGCUAAAUACGGAGGAGCAGGGUUUGGAACAGGAGGGCUGGGAGGAACAGGAGUAGGAGGAGGAGCUGGUUUAGUACCAGGAGGAGUUGGAGGUGGACAGUACCCUGCUGGGGCUGCUGCUGCAAAAGCUGCUAAAUACGGAGGAGCAGGAGCAGGGUUUGGAACAGGAGGGCUGGGAGGAACAGGAGUAGGAGGAGGAGCUGGUUUAAUACCAGGAGGAGUUGGAGGUGGACAGUACCCUGCUGGGGCUGCUGCUGCAAAAGCUGCUAAAUACGGAGGAGCAGGAGCAAGGUUUGGAACAGGAGUCUUCGGGGGAACAGGAGUGCUUGGAGGAGCUGGAGUAGUACCAGGAGGAGUUGGAGGUGGACAAUACUCUGCUGCCGCAAAAGCUGCCAAAUAUGGUCCAGGAGCAGCAGGAACAGGGUUUGCACAACAAGGACUUGGGGGAAUAGGAACAGGAGUUGGGGGAGUACCAGGUUUAGUACCAGGAGGUGGACAAUACUCUGCUGCCGGAAAAGCUGCCAAAUACGGAGGAGCAGGAGCAGGGUUAGGAGGCGGAGGACUGGGAGGAAUAGGAACAGGAGUAGGAGGGGGACCUGGUUUGGUACCAGGAGGAGUUGGAGGUGGACAAUAUCCUGCUGCUGCUGCCAAAGCUGCCAAAUAUGUUACAGGAGGAGGAGGAGCAGCGUUAGGAGGCGAAGGACUGGGAGGCACAGGAGUAGGAGGAGGACCUGGCUUGGUGCCAGGAGGAGUUGGUGGUGGACAAUAUUCUGCUGCUGCAAAAGCUGCCAAAUAUGGAGGAGCAGGAGCAGGGUUAGGAACAGGAGGGCUGGGAGGAACAGGAGUUGGAGGAGGAGCUGGUUUAGUUCCAGGAGGAUUUGGAGGUGGACAAGACGCUGCUGGUGCAAAAGCUGCCAAAUAUGGAGGAGCAGGAGCAGGGUUAGGAACAGGAGGCCUUGGGGGAACAGGAUUAGGAGGAGUACCUGGUUUGGUUCCAGGAGGAGUCGGAGGUGGACAGUACUCUGCUGCUGCAAAAGCUGCUAAAUAUGGGGUUUCAACAGGAGCCGGGGCAGGGGUUGGAGUAGGAGGAGCAGGAGGAGUAGGACCAGGAGGUAUAGGACCAGGAGGCGUAGGACCAGGAGGCGUAGGACCAGGAGGCAUAGGACCAGGAGGCGUAGGACCAGGGGGUGUAGGACCAGGAGGUGUAGGACCAGGAGGAGUGGGCGGUGGUCAGUACUCUGCUGCUGCAAAAGCUGCCAAAUAUCUGCCAGGAGCAACGCCGUAUCCAGCUGUUCCGGAUGGUUCUGCUGGUGUGUUGCCAGGUAGCACGGGUGUUCCUGUAGCUGGAAAGCCACCAAAGGUUGUUGGUCCUUCUGGAACCAGUGGUCCAGCUGGUGCUGGAAUUAUUCAACCAAGUGCUGAUACUAAAGGCCAAGGUCCGCCUGUUGGACCUGGGGGACAACAACUUGCAGGUGUUGGUGUUGGUGCUUCAGGCAAAGGACCGAAACCAAUCCCACAAGGUGCUGGAACAGGUAUUGGUCCAGAUGGUUAUCCUUAUGGAGUUCCUUAUGGACCUGGAACUGGUAUUGGAACUGGAACAGGAGCAGCGGUGCUCCCUGGUGCGAAGCCUUUGAAACCUCCUGCUGUCGGUGGAGCAGGAGGUGGUGCAGGAAUCCCACUGUCUGGAGGUCAAGGUUAUCAAGCGGGAUACAGUCCAUAUCAACGAGGGUAUAGACAGGGUGGUUUGUCAUAUCCCUCUGCGAUUGGACUGGGCGGUGCUGGGGGAGGAGCUAAAGCACCAAAACCAGGCUAUGGAAAUCUGGGAGGUGGUGGUGGAUAUCAGCCUCAGCCAGGUGGAUAUGUCCCAGCCCCGCUGACUCCUCAACAAGCCAAAGCCGCCAAGUACAACGGAAAUCCAUUGCAAGGCUUCCUUGGUGGGGCAGGAGGAGGAGCCUACAGAGGCGGAGCAGGAGCAUGCCAGGGGAAAUACUGCGGGAGGAGGAAGUAGAUGACCUCCCGGUGUGACCUGAAGAAACCAUGGUGCUACUGCAUGAACUAGAAUGUACAUUUUAUACACAAACGAUUUUUUUUUUUACUUGACUUCUGCUCUUAUGCGAACCCACCGACCAAGAAAUAAGUACUUUUUUUUUUUUACAUUUAUCACCGACAGUGCCUUUACUCAUAAGUGUGUCAAAAUAAUUGGCUUAAAGUUCCCCUUUUUCUCUGUGCUGUCUUUCCUAAGCAUACAACUGUGUGUUCUUUAUGCGGCACGCACACGUAGUGAUGCUGUUGUGUGAAACGCAGCGCUGAACCUCUUAAAACAAGGCCAGCUGAAAGCACACCACCUCUCUGACCCGUCAGAAGGCUUUUUUGUUUUGUUUUUGUGGCCAAUCUGAGCAUCGUCUCCAGCCCUCUUCCUCCCUCGCUGCUAUUUUUAGCCCCAUUGGGUAUAAAGCAGUGGGAAAUGGGACUCAGGCCAGCCCAUCUGUUCUCAUUGACUUUUUGCUGAUUCUGUUUGCUGAAGCGAUUCUCAGCACUUCCACGCGUUUUAAUGAGAUAAACUGUGUUGCCAUUAAUAUUUUUAUCCCUUGGAUUGUUUGAUUUGCAGGUGAAUGCUUAGUCAUGUGUCACUUUUCCACUUCAGGAGUUAUUUUCAUGUAUGUGAUGUCAUAACAGGAUUAUCCACCAUGCUUUGACGCAUAUCUUAUUGUUAUUAUAAAUGAAGUAUCCUUUCAUUUAUUCACUGUCGUAGAAUAACAGUUUGUUUCAUGAGGCCACAGAAGCCCCACUUGUUCCUUUACUUGAGCUGCUUUCGGGAAUUUCAAAAAGAAGAAAAUGCUUAACUGACCAAAGGUUCAUGGGUGCUGUUGCCAAGUGACCCUUUUUUCUUUGUGUAAUUGUGUACUGUAUUUUGUACUAAUAUGUAGGUUGCUGGCAUAUCGGUUCGUCCACCCUGAGCUGUGUGAGAACUGUCUUUGAGCCUCACUGGGUCAAGCAUGUGCCAUGGGAUACGCUUCAUCUUUAUUUAAAACUAUUUCUGUAAGGAGGAACAGUGUGGUUUUGCACUUUUUUAUUUGUUUCCAUGACACACACACACGCACACACACACACAACUUGAUAUAUCCUACCUUUGUAUUUGCUUUAACGAAAUAAAAUGUGUUCAAACAUGUCUCCUUUGUGUCAAUUCACAAGCUAAAAUGUCUUUUUCCUUCUGUUUUGUAACUUUGUUGGUCCAGCUGGAAAUAAUAAAACGGUGCUGGUGAGA